AUGAGUCCUCAAUGGCUUAAGAAGUUCAAAUCCAGCUUCCGCAAGUCAAACUCUGCCUCACCUCAUAUUUCACCCCCUCCAACGCCAAUUUCUCAGUCUUCCUCGCCCCUUCAGACACCAAUCUCAACAGCAAACAACCUCAAAGAGCGGCUUUGGAACCAGGCGUACGACAACCUGAAGCGGCGCGAAUCCAAGUUAGUCGAAGCAUACGAGAACCUCCUAUCGGCCGAACUUCCCGGUGAUAGUCAUACUCCUGCCGCUUCAGCUGAAAACCACAUCAAACCUGACCCGCAGGAAAGAUGGCACCAGAUGGAGCUUCUUGUCCAGGUCGGGCUGCAGAAGACGAAAAAGGAGGCAGAAUUCAAACAGAAAGCCAGCGAUGUGAUUCGGGUCAUCUCCCCUCUGAAGGAAGUAAUCGGGAAGGCUGUACAGGCUGCUCCCGAAGCUGCUAUCGCUUGGGUUGGCGUCUCUUUUGCUCUUGAGAUACUUGCCAACCCAGUCUUCGAAUCAGUUACUCAACGCAAUGGCAUUGAAUACGUUGUUUCCAUGAUGGACUGGUACUGGAACUUGGUUAAUCUCCUCCUCAAACCGAAGGAUGCCGGCCCGGAUUUUGAAGGGCUGCGUAGUCAGCUUCAGAAGCAUAUCGUCCAUCUUUACCAGAUGCUCUUGCUCUACCAGAUGAAGAGCAUCUGCCUUUACCACAGGAGCCGGGUUGAUGUUUUCCUCAGAGACGUUAUUAAGUUGGAUGAUUGGGCUGGCAAGCUUGACGACAUCAAGGUUGUUGAAGCUGACGUGCGGAGAUGCUCGAAGCAAUACACCUCCGAAAAGACACUUCAAAGCCUUGAAUCCCUAGAAGACGCCGCAAAUUCUCAGCUCAAGGAACUUCAACUUUUACCUAAGAUGCUUCAAAAUAUUGAAGUUGCUAUUCAACACCACACCAAGCGACAAGAGGAGAUGCAACAGAGUGAGGAAUUCAAGAAAUGCCUGGCCGACCUACGUGUUACCGACCCACGCGACGACAAGAAACGCAUCCAGGAGACCAAGGGCGGUUUACUUACUGACUCCUACGUCUGGGUGCUUCAGAACUCCGACUUCUGCCAGUGGCGUGACAACCAGGACCAGCGACUGCUUUGGGUCAAGGGCGACCCGGGCAAGGGCAAGACCAUGCUUCUAUGCGGCAUCAUCGACGAGCUUGAAGCAACACGCGGUCAGGGGCAACCCUUGUCCUACUUCUUCUGUCAAGCCACCGACGAGCGACUUAAUACGGCGACGGCGGUACUGCGCGGCUUGAUCUUCAUGCUUCUCGACCAAGACCCGUCCCUUGUUUCGUAUAUGAAGAAGUACGAAAAGGCUGGGAAGGCGCUUUUUCAAGACGUCAACGCAUGGCAGGCGAUGUCUGAGAUCUUUGCAAAUAUGCUCCACGAUUCGAAGCUGCGAGGUGUGUGCCUUCUUGUCGAUGCAUUAGACGAGUGCUUAAUGGGCUGCGAUCAGCUGCUCGACCUGAUUACCAAAACAUCGCAAUCAACCAGUGUAAAAUGGCUCGUCUCAAGCCGCAACUGGUUGCGGAUCGAAGAACGGCUGCGUACCGCAGCGCAAAGGCUAUCACUAGAACUUAAUGCAAAGUCGGUCUCAACAGCUGUGGACAGCUACAUCACGCUCAAGAUAUCAAAACUCGGCGAACUCAAGGGCUACUCACCUAAUACCGCCAGUGAAGCACCUGAGUUCACCAUACUCAUCAAGGAGCAUCAUCCCCUGGCGAGCAAUCCUAAAUUCCUCCGGUAUAUCAUUAGCAUCUGCGGCUCUUUUCUCACUAUUCGCCAGGACACAAUCUACUUUGUCCACCAGUCGGCCAAGGAUUUCUUGAUGAACGAGGCAUACCCAGCACUUGGCCAGAUUCUACCUUCUGGCAUUGCACACCAGCACCACGCGAUCUUCUCAAGGUCUCUAGACGUACUAUCUAGGACGCUUAGACGCGACAUCUACGAGCUGCGCAAACCUGGAAGCUCUGUAGAGGACACAUCACCACCUCACCUAGACCCUCUGGCUUCUCUGAAGUACUCGUCUGCCCACUGGGUCGACCAUCUUGAGCACUCAAAUCCCGCAGACGGCCCGGCGCGCGUUGAUUUACGGGACAACGCUAGCGUUCACAAUUUCCUCAAACGCCAUUAUCUCCACUGGCUAGAGGCUCAGAGUCUUCUGAAAGGCAUGCCACAAGCAGUAGUGGCAAUGCGGAAACUCCAAACAUUGGUCAACUCGUCCGAGAUGCCUGUCGAUUUCCCUACCCACAGCUUAGUAAGGCAACUUUUCCGAGCAGAAGUACCAGCCUGGGUUACCAUCAUUACAAAGGGAGACGUAGACUGGAACGCAUGCCAGCAGACGCUCGAGGGCCACAGCAGCUCGGUCAACUCGGUGGCCUUCUCGCCGGAUGGGCGCCAGCUCGCCUCAGGCUCCAGCGACAAGACCGUCAAGCUCUGGGACACGGCCACCGGCCAGUGCCAGCAGACGCUCGAGGGCCACAGCGACUGGGUCAGGUCGGUGGCCUUCUCGCCGGAUGGGCGCCAGCUCGCCUCAGGCUCCGGCGACAGCACCGUCAAGCUCUGGGACACGGCCACCGGCCAGUGCCAGCAGACGCUCGAGGGCCACAGCAGUUACGUCAACUCGGUGGCCUUCUCGCCGGAUGGGCGCCAGCUCGCCUCAGGCUCCCGCGACAGCACCGUCAAGCUCUGGGACACGGCCACAGGCCAGUGCCAGCAGACGCUCGAGGGCCGCAACAGCUUGGAGAACGUAUUCGAGGUAGCGAUCCAGGAACCAACUGGAGACCUUAUGGGACACAUGGAUCACGAAUAG